AUGCGUCCCGUUACGUCGACCUCGGCUGAGGUUCGACGGGUUUUGUUCGCACCCCACUGUGAGACCAUACCGACGGCGGCCGCCGACCCCGAAGGACUUAACUUUCUCCACAUACCAGGAGAGCAUAAACAUGAAGUGUAUAUUGCUUUGUCUGUGCGUGCUGACGGUGGUGGUGUCAUGCUGGAGCCAGCAUUACAACAACCGGUAUGAGAACUUCAACGCUGAUGCGGUCAUCCAAAACGACAGGAUCCUCCUUGCCUACUACAAGUGUGUCAUGGAUAAAGGACCUUGUACGAAGGACGGGAAGAAUUUCAAACGUGCAUUACCCGAAACCCUGACAACAGCGUGUGGACGUUGUUCUUCACUGCAAAAGGUGGUCGUGAGGAAACUGCUUCUCGGCAUUAGAGAUAAAAGCGAACUCCGAUUUAUAGAGCUCCUGGACAAAUACGACCCAGACCGCUCUAAUAGGGACGCGCUUUACAACUUCUUAGGUGUAUAAAAAUACUUUAUAAUGGAAGCCCUAAAAAAUAAGAGAUCCAGCUGCGUGUUUGGAAUACAUUAUUGUGUGAAAGUUGAAUGAAAGGGAAUAAAUACUCAACGAAGUUGUGCUGUAGGGUCCAUGAGAGUUAUUUAUUUUAUGCAAACUUACAAUCCUCUCAAUACUUGUUUAAAGAUAAAAAAAUAUAUUCGAACAUCUCGAAAAAGGGAAUAAUAAGUGAAAAACUGCGUUUGUUUUUCCUAUAACCUUACUAAAUAAUGCCUAAUUCUGAUGGACUCAAUGUAAGUCUUAUUUAUUAUUUGAAAGUACAUAAUGUUUACUGAUUCAAUUGAACUUGUUAAUUCAUGCAUUUAUAAUGUUAUU